AGCGGCUUGUCUGCGUGGCUAUGCAUCGCAUCACAGCUAGCUUUAAGACCUGGUUUGCGCUCCCGACUUCACCAGAAUGGCCGCGAAGCCGAACCUUGGAAUUGAAGCCUCUUCCAAUUUUCUGCCGACCAACCUCCUUCCGAUAGUGCACAGCGACCAUCUUUCCUCGUUCAUAUCGUUGUGUAAAGCGUUAUGUCGCACUCCAAAAGCGAAGAAGCUUACAGCUUGUUAAGAGACUCUUCGGAAGAUUGCCCCGAAGACUUUCCUUCUAAUACGACUCCAUCGGCCCGACGCCAAUUGAAACUCUACAUUUUAAUCCUCAUCAACAUUCUCCUCCUCCUAAUCAAUCUCUUUUGCGGAUCCUUUCUCCUCGAGUUCCACAUCUCAUCAAAGUCGACGUCAUUCUCAGUUCACUCACCUCUAAACAAGAUCAUCCAGACGCAAACCUCCCACUGGAAUCUCAGCCUAGGCGACCGCACGCCCUUCACAGAAGCCCCUAGUAGAGACGUCGACGCCCUCUGGGACAGCAUCUCCGCGCCCCCAGGCAACGUCGGCACAAUCAUCGUGCAGAAAGAGGAUCUCGAAAAGAGCAGUCUUGAAUCGAUCGAGCUAGCAGACGGGUCAGGGUAUCUGGCGACGGUGGACGUCUUUCAUCAGCUGCACUGCCUCGACUUUAUCCGAAAAUACGUUUUCAACGCGACGUACCAGCUCAGUCCCGCCGAGCAUCCGCUCUGGGAGGACCACAUCGCGCACUGCAUCGACAGCAUCCGCCUUUCCCUCCAAUGCAGUUCCGAUGUCAGUCUCAUCACUUGGAAAUGGGUAGAGGGGUACGGUAAUCCGUGGCCCGACUUCAGGUCAAAGCAUGAAUGCCGCAAUUGGGAUGAUAUUUUGGGCUGGGCGAGUGAAAGAAGGUUCGAUCCUAAUACGCCGGGGUCGUUUGUGCAUCCUGAAUUGGGACCAGUGGAUGGGCUGGAAGGAAAGUGGUUUCAGAAUCCGCUUGAGGGCGGGAAGCCGCUGCGCUAUGUUGGGCAGAACUAAUGUGGAUGUUGUUG